AUGGCCAAUUCUAAAGCUCCCGUAAGGAAGUUCUCAUCGGAGAAAGGCAAAGGUUAUUACAAACUUAACGAUGAAGAACCCACAUUUACAGCGCGCUAUCUGGGAAUGAGCAAAGUGGAGGCCAUGUUUCCACCAGAGCAAGGCCAAACUGUCAGCGCCAGAUGUAUUGACAAGCUGCACUGUGCCAUGCAAAGCAAAGGUAAACGGCGCAAAGUUUCGCUUCUAAUUUCGUCGAACAUCUCCCGAGGACUGACUGUUAAGGAGAAAGGGAGUAAAGGAGAGCUUUGUUACAAGCUGUUCGAUAUUGCUUAUUGUUCGACCGACGUACGGAACAAGUUGAUAUUUUCCUUCAUCGCCGAAUGCGAAGGUGAACUGCAGUGCCACGCUUUUGUGUUCAAGACCGAGGAGAGAGCUAACGCCGUGUGCUUGACGCUUUCCGAAGCAUUCAACACGGCUCACGGCGAGUGGCUGCGGAAACAGAAACGUGAACAGAGUAGGAAAGAAAGAGAGGAAAUUAAAGCCGGCACGUGA